AUGAUAAUCACGUACCGCAAUAUAGUCGUAUACUCUCGAGCUUCGACAUGCAGCCUCUUCUGCGGUACAAUAUACUAUUCGCAUCCGUCGCCUGCUGGCGGCUACAGAGGACGAGACAAGGACGAGACGCAACGGCAAGAGGAAUGGAAGCUCGACGUACCCACCAUCGGCUACACCUACUCCCGUCCCUCGACACCCUGCAUUAUCUAUUUCAAUGGCCUCGGUCUACCUCUCGAUACCUCACCAGCCGUCCUGGGCUCAACACGACAGUGGUUCAAUCGUGUCUGGACGUUGCAAGAGUCCCCGCUGAGCUGGCUUCCGGGAGGCUUAACUGGCAAACCUCUGGUAGAUCCCCAAUCAUUCUUCGACCGUCUUCGCAGUAUCGUGACAGCGGUUAACAGCCGUGGAGACGGCUCUGGCCUUGCCCAAACUCUUCGCGAACGCUCAUGUACCAACGAGCUCGACAGGAUCGCUGGGCUUGCGUACAUCUUCCGGUGCCCCACACUCCCUAUCUACGACGAGAACGUGAGUCCAGAGAUCGCGUGGAUCCUGUUACUCAAGCACAUGGACGCUCAGCGGCGGACGGUAAUCUCGCUACGGUAUCCGCCGUGUAGUCCCUUUGGACUAUGGGGAUCAUGGCAGAGAUUCUUGCAUUCUUCGGAGACCCCUCACGUCAGCCAACCCCUCAUUUCAGCGGGAACCUCUGAGGACGGCAGCCUGAGGCUCAAUCAUGUCAUAUCCUACUGGGCGGUGCUGCUCAAGCUGGAGCGGAAGAAAUCGAGAUAUCCUGUGGAGAUCGAGGAGAGUCUAUCAAGCUCUCAAUUCUCAGCAGACAUGGGAUACUUCUGA